AUGUGUCUUUGUCCCGACCGGCGAGACAACAACCCAAAAAAAAAAAAAAAAAAAAUUCAAUGGAUGCAAGAAAUCCCAAUUGUACAUGAACUGCUAAAGAACAUGGAUAGUGAUGACGAAUACAUAGACACGUUUCUUGUGAAUCAUUUCCCUAAUCUACCGGAUGAUAUAAUUGUGUCCGUCAUAAAACAGUUAUCACUUGAUUAUAUAAUUGAAUGGAUUCUCCACGUCCCACAAUUGGAAGAUAUCGUACUACAACAAUUUUACAACCAAAAUGAAAUUCAGUUUUUGAUAUCCCCAACAAAGAGACCACAUUUGAAUCAUGUACCUCAUGAUAAACUUGAAUUGACUACUUUCAAAGGAUACUAUCAAAUAUGUACAUUCCUAACUGAAAAUGCAUCCAAGUUUGUCCCCAAGAAAUUAGUCAUCAUUUGUGGGGGUGAUUGGCUGAGUCUUGUAUGUUUAUUAACUGAUUUUGAAAUAUGGUUAUCCAAGAUUGAACAAUUAGAACUUGUACUUGAAACACAUCCCUUGAAAUCAAAAGAUUUAGAAAAUAUUCUUGCAUUUAAAAACCUAUCCAAAAUUCACUUUUCCGGUGUUUCCUUGAAAGGAUGUUCAAAGUGGUUACGUCAGACUGAAAUGCUUGUAAACCACCCCAGCUUGAGUAAUAUUAUAUUGUUAAAACAUGAAAUCAUCAAUUGGACCGACAUUGAAUUACCUCGAGGUUUGAAAUCGUUGGACUUGUCCUGGGAUUCUACUAUCAAUAUCAAGACAUUAAAGAUUCCUUCUGGAGUUGAGGAGAUUUACUUUAAUUCCGCUAAAGUUGAUACCAUUAGUAAUAUUGAUAUGAGUUUGUGUGGUGAAAAUCUAAACACACUUAUGUUGACGUAUAACUCACUUACACUGAUAAGUUUGAAACAUUUACCUCCCAAUUUGAAGACUUUAGAUUUGUCAUGUAAUUUGAUUUCUGAAAUUAAAGACAUUGAGUAUGGAUGGCCCGAUUUGGAUAAUUUACUAUUGAGAGAUAAUAGGUUAGUGGAUUAUUCCAUUUCUCAGGUUACUCAGUGGCCUGAAAAUUUAAAAAUGUUGGCAUUGACAGCAAAUGAACUUGAAACUAUUUCAUAUUUAGAAAAUUUACCAGAUACUAUAGAAGUAUUGGACUUGUCAAAUAAUGAGUUUAAAUCUUUGCUUGUAUCAUCAACAGGAGAAUCGUUCAAGUUUCCCAAAAAUUUGAAGAAUUUGCAAAUUGCAGGGUGUAAAUUGUUGCUUCCUGAAGAUGGUGACACAAGCAUGUCAAGUUAUUUAACUUUUCCACAUCAAUUGGAAGAGUUGAACCUUUCUGAAUGUAACAUUACUUCUUUGAAUGCAUUCAAAUUCCCCCUGUCUUUGGUUAAGCUAGCGUUGAGUGGGAAUAUAAUACGUGACUUGUGUUCUUAUGACGAUCAUAUAUCAAAAUCUUGGACAAUGUUGAAACAUCUUCGUGAACUUGAUCUAUACUCAAAUAAUAUUAGAAAUUUAGAAGGCUGGAAAAUUCCUGAAAAUUUGAAGUACCUUGACUUGCGAGUGAAUUAUAUUGAGACACUUCUGAGUGAUUGGCCAAUAUUCAAUUCCGAAUUUAAUCAAGAUUUACAACUUUCACAUUUGAACAUCAGUUACUGUCGACUAGAAGCAAUAAGUGAUAAUUUGCAAUUACCUAGAAAUUUACGAGUUUUAGAUCUUUCAAACAAUUCUAUAGCAGGAACAUUUAAGUUACUUGUUUGUUAUAAACAACUAUUCAGUUUGAAUUUAUCGAUGAAUCUAAUUAAAGAUAUUGAAAUUGUUGAUGAUCCAAAUGGAGUUUGUAAUAUUUUUGAAUUAGAUUUGGGCGAAAACUAUAUUUGCCAUACUAAUAGAAAUAAAGAAUCCAUUCAAGAAUUCUACCUGAAAUUAGAAUCAGGUUUACACAUCACAAUUAAAAAUAAGAAAUUUAAAGUUAAUAGUUUACAUAGACUUCGUUAA